GCAAUGGGUGCUCAGGGGCGCCGGGACCCGGCCCAGCCGGCCGCUGACGGCUCGGCCAGCUCCCGACUGACGGUGGCAGUGCGCGUACGUCCUCUGGCGCCCAACGAGAGAGCGCGCGGAAGAGUAGCAGACGCGCUCGACAAUAAGAUGAUUACACUGCAGGAAAAUGACGGGGACAAGAAAGACGUGCUUCGUCAGAAGCGUCGCCACGAAAAACAAUUUGUCUACGACAUGGCGUUUGGAGAGCAUUCGACCCAGAAAGAGCUGUACGAGCGUACCACCCGGGGGCUGGUAGAUGACGUACUGCAGGGCUUCAACGCCACAGUGUUCGCCUAUGGCCCCACAGGCGCCGGCAAGACGUACACCAUGGUCGGCACUCCUGAGCAGCCGGGCAUCAUGGUGCGCGCCCUCAAUGACCUCUUCAAGGCCAUGGAGGCCAGACGGGAAGAGAUCGACUUCAAGAUGACGCUUAGCUAUCUGGAGAUUUACAAUGAGAACAUUCGGGACCUUCUGAAGCCGAGCAGCCAUACGUUAGAGCUGCGCGAGGACGCGAAGAAGGGCACCAUAGAUGUGGCUGGUCUCUCUGAGGUCACCACCCUCAAUACUAAGGAGGUGAUGAGGCUGCUCACCAAAGGAAACAAGGAGCGGACCAUGGAGUCCACGGCGGCCAACAAGACCUCCUCCAGGAGCCAUGCUCUGCUGCAGAACCAAGGGAAGCGGCUCCAAGAGGGGGCUCACAUCAACCGUUCACUGCUGGCCCUGGGAAACUGCAUCAACGCCCUGGCUGUCAAGGGUUCCAAAUAUGUUAAUUACCGCGACUCCAAGCUGACCAGGCUGCUAAAGGACGCGCUGUCUGGCAAUUGUCGGACCGUCAUGAUCGCCCACAUCAGCCCGGCGAUGGCGCAGCGGGACGAGACCUUCAACACGCUCGUGUACGCCGACAGGGCCAAAAACAUCACUAACAAGGUUAAACGGAAUGUCCUGGAUGUGACCCACCAAGUGUCGCAGUACCAAAACAUCAUAGCGGACCUCAAGAACGAAAUCGGCCGACUGAAGAACAAAAUCACCGUUCAGGAGGAGGAGCCGGAGCCCGACCCCACCUCACAGCCCAGGAGCAAGGAACAGGAGGAGGAACUCCGACUGUUGCGCAAGCAGCUCGUCAACCUCUUCAGAGAGCAAAUGGAGCUCAGGCACCAGAUGAUCGAGAUCGACAACGUGCUCCUCUGGCUGGCAAUGGAGUUCGAGAAGCAGACGGCGCUCAUCAACGAGUACGAGCAAGAGCGGGCCCUGCAGAGCAAGCGGACCGGCCGGGCUGGCUCGGACGGCGCCGGGGAAGCCGACAGUGCCGACGGAGCUUGGGACGACCUGCGCUACAUUCAGGAAGAAGAGCAGAGGUACCAGGAAAUGCGCAAAAAUGCAGAAAUCGAUAUGAUAGACCUAAGAACCAAGGCCAGCAAGAUGGAGGAGGCGCUGCCAGAGAAAACGUCAACGGACGAACAGAAGGAGCUGCUGGAGCUGCUGCUGAAGACCCACGAGCUCGAAAUCGAAAACAUGGAGAUGCGCAGCAACCAGCUGAUCAAGGACCACGAGCUGCGCCGGCGGGACCUGAUGAUCCUGCGGUACGACCGGCAGCGCACGCUCUGCGACGAGAUCAUCAGCCGACAGCGGCAGCUGAUCGAAGAUAUGGACGCCGGCCGUGGUUCCAACAACAUGCAAAUGCCAGCUGAGCUGCAGGACAUGUACGAUCUCUACACCCAGGAGGUGCACGGCGCCAACGGCCAGCGUAACUCACGCUUUCUCAACGAGCUCAACGAGAUACUGCGAACGCCCUCGAUGCUGUCGCUGCGACCGGGCGACGUGCCUCCGCUCCACUCCAGCCACCAGGCCCUGGACGAGCGCGGCCGGCUGCCGCCCAUCAGCGGCGACAAGGAAGAGAAGCUGUUCCAGCAGCUGCCGCGGCGCAACAGUCUGGAGUUGGAAAAACGCCGGCGGCCCGAGAGUCCCCUUAGUCUGCGCAGCGCCAGCGGCUCGGUGCCCAGCUCCGCCUCCCCCCUCCAACUUCCCCCCAUCCAGGGCUCGAUGGCCUACUCGGAGCUGUCGAGCGGCUACGAUCGACGGGAGAUGAAGGAAAACCUGCGGGGUCUGCAAUCCGUAAUCGGCAGGCGGCGCAGACGCGGCAGACACCUGUCCGGCUCAGCGGAGGUGCUCACCUCGGCGGACGGCAGCAGCGCCGACAGCAGGGAAGGCUGGUUGAGAAGGUCCAGCAGCUACGAUGACCUGGGAUCGCUCUCGGACCUGGGCCCACGGAGGAGCUCGUCGUUUCGGAGCCGACGCCGCUCCCAGCGCCUCACAUACGCGAUCCGCGGCCGUGACUCCAUCAUGGAGUCUGAUGACGAGUACGACGACGUGCGACUACCGUCGCUGGGGACCCGGCCGCCGGGACGGAGGCCCUCCCUGCACAACGGCCUGGCAACACUGCCCUCUAUCGGCGACCGGCGGACGGCCCGUCGAAGCAGCGUACGGCCCAGCUCCGAGGGCGGCGCCUCGGUCAUCAGCUUCUCACUGAUGCGCUGAAGCUGAACACAAUCACCAGCUUCUGACGCUCCGAGGGCGGCGCCUCGAUCAUCAGCUUCUCACUGAUGCGCGGAAGCUGAACACAAUCACCAGAUCUUGACGCUUCAAGGGUGGCGCUUACAUCAUCAGCUUUUCCUGAUGCGCUGAAGCUGAACACCAUCACCAGCUCGUGACGAGCCUCACGCCGUCCCCCGCGGCGCCGGAUGCGACGAGCGCCACUGUUGGCUUUUCCCUGAUCCCUGAUGCCGACGAGCAUCGCCAGCCGUACCGGAAGUCCCCGGCAUCGCAGUCGGAACGUCGUGAUACGCUGAAGCCCAGCGUCGGUUUGUCAAGCUCCGUUGUGCUGCGCUUACCGGUGUUGGCCGAACCCCAGACAGAGUGAAGAUGGUGUGACAGUAAGGGCAGGUCGGGCACCGCGGAGGUGAUCUCCUCUGGUAGGGGCGUCGUUAAAGGGUCUUGAUUGGGGCCCCGGAAAACUCGACAUGGUGACUGGUUACCCGAUCAGAAUGGAUGGGUCAUUAUAGUCUGGUAGCCGCUGGCUGGGCGUUGUCGGCGUGUGUCAGUGUGUCCGUUUCUAUCGUCUCGACCCCAUCCUAGGCUCCAGAUCAUCACAGUAUUAAGGAAAUCAAUGUACACGAGGCGGAGGUGCCGGGCGCGAAGGAAGAGCAGUAGCAAAUGUUGGGGUCUGGAAUGGCAGUUGAUUGUUCCUUGUGUCAGUUAUGGCCGCCGUACGUUCAAGAAAUAACUAUGGACGGCGGUGAUGAUUUUAGCAGUUACGCUAAUCAAUGUGCUGUUUGUAUUGUCAUGCUCGCUGUCUUGAUAUCGUAAUCGUAAAAAGGCAGCACUUAGUUUCAUGGUUCCAGUGCUAAGACGCAAUCACAAUGGUAGUAUCUUAAAUUACAGAAAUUGCCCUUUCUUAAAAUGUAUUACAUUCCUUAAACGCACAGAAAAUACGAUACACUCGCCUUAUUGCUUUUGCACCCUUUUAACAGUUUUCCCUUGAUGUUGCAAUAUUUCUGUAAAAUGGCGGCCAAAGCGUAGAGGGUACGUGCGCUGUAGGAUAUUUAUAUCACGACAGUGCUUGAUUUCAUGCGGUAUCGAGCACAGACGAGCGGAUAGAUUAAAGUUUAUAGGUGCUCUGAUUUUGUAAACAAACAAAAAAUCACGCUUUUAAGCUAGUUUUACGCUCAUUCAGGGCCAUGCAAAAUUACAGGCAUGUUCGGUGCUGUUGAUCCGAUCACAGAUUGAUCUGAGAUAGGGACAGGGGUGUCCACCUCCAUACUGGUCGAAAUUGCAACUUGUUAUGCAUGUCACAUGUAUUUUGCUCGUUUUUUCUGUUGGUCCCUUGCAAGCUCUGCCCAUGGGUGACUCGGUAUCAUAUCGCCAUUCUGAUCAUACAGCGCGUGCUGGUUGUCCACAACAUGCAAACUAUUCGUGAGCCAUCGUUUUGGGACUAGCUCUUUAUUUGCGUGCUUAUUUCUAAGCAAGUGCACACACUGGGGCAUGACCAACCAAAUUAUCCAAGUAUAUCCUGUCCAGGCUGGUUCGCUGAUGUUUACAAGAGUAGUUGUUUCAGUGCCUGUUGUUUGCCUCGGGGAGAAGCGUGCUAUUCCCUGGCGUAUGUGGUCAUUGACAUAUUGCAAUUCCGCUGUGAUACAAAUGGUUUGAUGACUUGCUGACUAAGACCGGUUUAUCGCCAUAGCUGAUCAUGCGUGCAAUAUAUUUGGUGAGGCACAUUCUAUAUGUUUUGGACUUCUGCCAGAACAGCGCAAUGAUCAUGCAUAUGCAAACACGAACGCACACUCAGACGGCGCAUGCCAUUUCCCUCCACUGUUCACUCUCGGGGCUCUCCCUCCCCAGGCGUUUCAGUAGUCCACCAUACUUAUUGAAAGCUGCAUAAUUAAUUUUUUAUUCCGCCGUUGAGGAGACGAUCCGGGUCGUCGCGACUCAUAUCUGUUCAGAAUCUCAACUUGUCUAUCGUCGAAAUGUUACGUAGUCGACAUACCAUGACUUGCUGGCACUCUGCAACACCGCAUCGCGCUGUGGUCGGCAGGGCGAACGGCAAACGGCACCGCCGAUGCUUGCGCGAUCUUUCGGCGAGAAGUUUGAUCAAAAUCAAUGUACAAUGCCUGCACACCGUAUUGGAACGCAACACGACAUGAGCCCGCCAAUAUAUGCUUCUCCACAUCAGCAGACGCAGCCGAUUCUGUGACCACGCCAGUGUUACAAUUAUUUGCGCGCAUGCGCAUGUUCACGGGACGCGACGAGUCCUGAAAAGCGUUUGAUUCGGACCAGAAAAUUCAGCAUACGUCAACGAAUAUCGUUUCCCCAAAAGCAUGCCAAAAUGAGCAAAAAGACCGACCUGACAACAAACCGGUCUUUUGAUAAAGGCACAACAAUGGUAGCUGGCAAUGCACUGUCUACGAAAUGCGUCUAAGCCCGUGAUAAACUCUGCACCUAACACAAAACAGAACGUUAUAACACGUUCUCAGCUUGAACUGAUGGAAAUCACAGACAUCGCUUUCCGCAGCACGCACCACUCAAAAAGGAAACAGAGCUUGAGCGGGCACCGCCUCACGAGCGAGUCAUGCGGUCAUCUCCGCCCUGGAAGAUAGGCGGAUC